GCGGCGGUGUCACGUAUAAAAAGCUUGUUAAAUAAAUGCUGAAAGUCAUUCGAAGAGCAGGGAGCGAGAGAGAAUUGGGGCCUCUUGCACCAGGCUUUGCCUGAACGUUGCUGCUGAGCCGCGAGGAAAGCGGGUGCUUCGUAGUCUGGGGCAAUCAGAUCGGGCACUGGUAGCGCGGGAGGGGCAGUUGGGCACUGGCAGCGCGGGAGGGGCCGUCGGGCACUGGCAGCGCGGGUGGGGCAGUCGGCCACUGGCAGCGCCUGGUUUGCAUUGGUUAUUUCACGGUUGUUUUGAGUGGUCAUCGUUGAUUCGGACAUCAGCCCAGAAGCCGAGUGAAGUAUGACUUUAGUUAAAUGGCAUUCGAAAGGUACUUUGGGUUGCGAUGCAGCUGUCUUCCUGCAAUGUCUGAUUGCUGUUGUAUUAUUUAUUGAAAAUGUUGCUGCUCUAACAUCAUAUAAAGUGGCUCAGACCUCCAAUAGUUUAGAAGAAGGACUAGAUAAUACUGCCCAUUGGUGGGGUGAAUGGGCCAAAUGGACGGGAUGCACCCGGACUUGUGGAGGAGGCAUCAAAACACAGGAAAGACACUGUCUGAAACAAAGCAGAAGGCUAGCAUUGAUGGGAACUGGAAACCAGACUUGUACAGGCACUUCUAAAAGAUAUCAGCUGUGCAAUAUACAGGAGUGCCCAGCUAAUGGGAGGAGCUUCCGUGAUGAGCAGUGUUCAUCUUUUAACUCCCGUGUUUAUAAUGGAAGGACUUAUAAGUGGAAACCAUUAUACCCAGAUGAUUAUGUGCACAUUUCAAGCAAGCCUUGUGAUCUUCAAUGCACUACAAUAGAUGGGCAGAGACAGCUGAUGGUCCCAGCACGGGAUGGAACAUCUUGUAAAUACAGGGAAUACAGAGGAGUCUGUGUAGCUGGCAGUUGUGAGCCCAUCGGAUGUGACGGGGUGCUCUUUUCCACCCAGACCCUUGACAAAUGUGGUAUCUGCCAGGGCAAUGGAAGCAGCUGCAUACGAGUUACUGGCAAUUACAGGAAAGGAGCAUCCUACCUAGGUUAUUCCCUAAUAACCCACAUCCCAGUUGGUGCAACAGAUAUCCAAAUAAUUGAAAGAAAAAAAUCAGAAGAUGUUUUAGCUGUUGCUGAUGAGUCUGGAAACUUUUUUGUGAAUGGCAAUUUAAAAGUAGAAGGUCCAAGAAACUUCCACCUUGCAGGCACCGUUUUUAAAUAUAGGAGGCCAAUGGAUUUAUAUGAAACGGGUAUUGAAUACAUUGUUGCUCAAGGACCGACAGAUCUGGGAGUUAAUAUUCUGGUAUACUGCAGUGGCCAAGGCUGGAACUGCAACCCCAGAGCCCAAGUCCUGGGAUUCCAGCAACAGUUGCUAAUUCAAAGUGGCAAGAACCCUCACAUUACCUAUGAAUACACAAUGCCACGGAUUCUUCAAUUCAAACACCUUCAACCUUCCUUUGGUUCGUAUUACUACGUGCCUGGAUCAGAUUCUCAAGGCAUGGAAAGUGAUGAUGAGCUCACUGAUAGGAGUUAUGACUUGGAUAGCGAAGAGAGUGUGGCCAUUUUUCAUACUAAUGCAAGUUACAGCAAGAAACUGUCAAAGAAAAUUUCCGGAAAAGGAAACCAGUUAUUCGGAACAGUGAAAAAUCUGGCUGGUUUUGAUGUGAGCAACUCCAUCUAUGAUGAAGCAGCUCCUGAGUUUGAAUCAGAAGAUGAGAAUAUGCAUCGAAACAAAGUCAAUCUAUCUGCCUCGUCAUUCUACUUUGCUACAGACAUCAAAAAUAAUACCCAACUUAAUAGUGUUGAAGACAAUGAUUAUGCAGCGAUAGACAUAGCCUCAGAGAUGACCUCACAGGAAUAUAUAUUAACGUCCAAGAAUCAUUUGGCAGACACAUUUACAAAUGGGCAUUCUUCUCAUAUAGAGGGACACAUUGAGCUCAGUACAAAUGUGACUGAAAGCACAAGAGGAGGUCCGCUCAACUCUGCAGAAUCCAGUACAGCCAGUUUCCUGGUAUAUUAUGAAGAAAACGAAAAGAUGAGGAGCUACAGAAUUAACGACACAUUCCUGGAAGUGACCUUGGGUAAAACCUUUAAUAUGUCUGCAGAGGUUCCAUUCUCCAACGAAACACUUCUACACAUUAUUCAUCAAGCAAACCGAACACAGAAAUUACGAAAUAGACUAAAGCUGUUAAGAAAGGGCUUGGGAGUGAGUGCUGCUGAUAUGUAUAGAUGGAAGCUGUCAUCUCACGAACCCUGCAGUUCUACUUGCACAACAGGAGUAUCCACUUCUUUUGCAUUGUGUGUUCGUUAUGAUGGCAUUGAAGUUGACGAUUCAUAUUGUGAUUCUGUGACUCGGCCAGAGCCAGUGCGUGAGUUUUGUAUAGGAAGAGAAUGUCAACCAAGGUGGGAAACGAGUAGCUGGAGUGAAUGCUCACGCACCUGUGGAGAAGGACACCAAUUCCGGAUAGUCCGCUGCUGGAAGAUUAUCUCUGCAGGGUUCGACAGCUCAGUGUACAAUGAAAUGUGUGAAUCGGCUGAUCUCUCCAGACCAUCAGAACGUAAAACAUGCAAAAACCCAGCUUGUGGCCCACAAUGGGAGAUGUCGGAAUGGUCAGAGUGUACAGCAAAAUGUGCAGAACGAGUUACUGUGACCAGGGAAGUGAGAUGCUCAAAGGAAGAGUGGUUGUGUGAUGAGAAAACAAAGCCGCCAUCUCAGAAAGAUUGUGUUGGACCCCCUUGUGAUCGACAGUGGACUGUUUCAGACUGGGGCCCGUGCUCAGGACCAUGUGGGCAGGGGAGAAUGAUAAGACAUGUAUACUGCAAGAACUCAGAAGGCAGGGUAAUGCCUGAAUCGCAGUGCAACCCUCAGUUAAAACCCCAUGCGAUACACCCCUGUGGAGCCAAAGAUUGCUCACCCCAUUGGCUGGCCCAGGAUUGGGAACGAUGCAAUACAACAUGCGGCAGAGGGGUGAAAAGGAGAGUUGUUCUGUGUGUGGGAAUAGUGAAUGGGAAAGUUAAAAUUCCCAAUCCCGAGGAAUGUGAUGCAGCUCAGAAGUUGAUUGAAGAAACGACGUGCUUUGAACGACCAUGUUUCAAAUGGUUUACUACUUCAUGGUCUGAGUGCACUAAAACCUGUGGAGUUGGAAUAAGAAUGCGAGAUGUGAAAUGUUAUCAGGGAAAAGAAAUUGUGCGAGGAUGUGACCCUCUCUUGAAACCUAUCACAAAGCAAAGCUGUGAUCUGCAGGCUUGUCCUACCCAGCCACCGGAUGACAGUUGUCAAGAUCAACUUGGGACUAACUGUAUACUGGCAAUAAAAGUCAAUCUGUGCUCCCACUGGUAUUACAGCAAAGCUUGCUGCAGGUCAUGUAGAACUGCUAAUUCAUAG